AUGAUAACGAAGGGCCGGGACGUGAAGAAAUAUUGCAUGUUUCAUAGAGACGUUGGUCAUUACACCGAAGAAUGUGUUCAGUUAAAAGAGAACAUUGAAGAUCUCGUAAGGAAAGGGCGAUUAUCCCAGUAUCGUACCCAGGCAGGCCCCGGCCGACAGCAAAAUUCACAGCCUAAACAAAUCGACUACCGAAAGCAGGAAGAUCCAUCAAUGCAAGAUGAUACUUACAGACAGAAUCACGCGGAAACAUCUAGACAGGGAGGUAAUCCGACAGGGCAUAAAAUAACAAUCGACGUUAUUACGGGAGGGCCAGUAUAUGGAGGUUCCGUAAGCGGGGCCAAGAAGAGUUUUUCGGAAUACCGGCACCUAGUUAAUGCUUUGAGCGUAGAGGAACGACCUCGGCCUUCUUCCAUGCUUUCGAUAUCUUUUUCGAAAGAGGAUGCUAAGGGAGUAAUUUACCCUCAUGAUGAUCCGUUGGUGCUAAUAUUGACGGCAAAUGGAGCAGAUAUCAAGCGGGCACUCGUUGACGGCGGAAGUUCCGCAAAUAUCCUGUUUGCUAGGGCUUUUGAUGCCAUGAGGAUUGGCCGAAAAUACUUGACGCCAGUGUCCUAUCCCGUGAUAAGUUUCAACGGAUCGACGGUAAGACCUGAAGGUAGUAUUGUUCUUCAGGUUCGAAUGGGAGAGGGUCCGGCAGUAAGAGACGUUAUGGCGGAAUUUUUGGUGAUUGAUGUGUCAUCCGCUUACAACGCCAUUGUCGGCAGGCCUCUAAUUCAUGACAUGCAAGCUGUGGUCUCAACGUACCACUUGACGAUGGUGUAUGUAUCCAACGCGGGAACGACAGAACGCGUACGGGGUAGUCAAACUAUGGCAAGAGAGUGUUAUGUAUAG